GUUCUGGUUUCAGUUCUCUGAGACCUCAGUGAUAGAUUCCAAGCUGCCCGUCCCCCUUUCCCAACCUCUACUGGGUUGGCUGGUUAAAUUGGCGAGGAUCAGUGGGCGUGAGCAUUGCAUGUGUGUGCGUACAUGCGUGUGUGUGUCUGGUUGCUCCUAGGGCGCAUGCGAACUGAGGCCCAAAAGGGAAAGCCUUCAUCAGAGAUCUAAGCCAGCUGUACAGCUUCAACUGCAAGAAGAGAGUUGAACUGAAGGGAUCUGCAUGUAAACCCUUCUGCAUGUACGCCACAGAGGCAGCCAGCUCUACAGGCUGCAGAUCAAACAACUACAACUAUGAGAUUUGAAUGAUUCCAAUCAGAUUGAUCCCUCAAGAUUCUCAGGCCUUAAAGGGCACUUUCCACCCUGAGAAGGGGCUUCUCAGGAAUACUGACCUCUGAGGUUAAGUGGAAUCAGUCUGUGUGAAGGGUUGCGGAGAAAGGGAGGAGGGAGAAGUUUGUGGGAGGUGGGAGGUGGGAGGCCACGGCGGGGCUCCUGCACUUCUCAAGAAGGAGACGAAGCAGUUGUCAGGAAGCAGCUUGAAAGGAGGAGAUGGCCACAGGAGAAAUCACAACACUUCCCGCUGUACCUGAGGACGGCGCCACUGAUGGCUUUCCUCCUGGGAGCUUCAAGGACCCCAAGAGACUGUACUGUAAAAAUGGAGGCUUUUUUCUGAGGAUUAAAACCGACGGAGGUGUGGAUGGAAUCCGGGAGAAAAACGACCCUCACAUAAAGCUUCAGCUGCAGGCGACCUCAGUGGGAGAAGUGAUCAUCAAAGGAGUUUGUGCAAACCGUUAUCUGGCGAUGAACAGAGAUGGACGGCUGUUUGGAGUGAGACGACCAACAGACGAGUGCUACUUCCUUGAGAGACUUGAGAGCAACAACUACAACACCUACCGCUCCAGGAAGUACCCAAACAUGUAUGUGGCACUGAAGAGGACUGGCCAGUACAAGUCCGGGAGCAAAACCGGACCGGGUCAGAAGGCCAUUCUCUUUCUACCAAUGUCAGCAAAGUGCUAACUUGGGUGUCAGACAGAGAGAAAGAACGUCUUUUGGACGAUGUGAAGCCAAUGACCACAGUGUUGGAUUGGCUUUGCCUAAAACAGCUGUGACGAUCUAACUAUUUCCUCUGGAACGUGUGUGAUUAAUCCAGCUUUAAAUCCAAAUGCUAACACCUAUUUAAAUGCAUUACUCCAGGUUUAGUCCACAGAGAGCAGCCAUUCAGCAGCUAGAGCCAAAAAACAAGGAGGUUAAAGUAAAACCCAUAUUUAAAAUUGCAGGAACACUUCCAGACUGUUAAUAGAUAAAAAAUAGCUUUUAAAGCUGUCUCUUAUCUAUGUAACAGAAUUUGUGCAAAAUCAGUCAGUUUAACUGAUUUAAAUUUGAAAUAAUAAAUAAUGCAUUUUGUAUCAACCACCACAAGGUGUUUCAGCAGCAAGAACAAAACCGAAUCCUGAGUCGGGCUGAAACGAUUAAUCCGAUUAAUCGAUUUUUGAAAUAAUUGUCAACUAAUUCAGUAAUCGAUUAAUUGUAUACAGACUCAAAAGAAGCCCAUUUGCUGAAAAAAAAAAAACACAAAAACUCAAGAGUAGUAAU